AAUCACACUUCACGUGACGUCUCAAUAUGGUCUAUUUGUAUUCAUAUCUCAAUUGUCAGCAAGAAAGAGAUUUAGAAAUUUUUAUUCAAUAUUUUUAAAAUAAUAUUUUAAUUUUGUGUAAACGAACUUCAAAUAUAAUAUACAACGAUGUGUUAAUAAAGUGUACAGUGCCUGUUGUGUACGUUCAAUUGUUUCGUCGCCUACUUUGCCACAAAGUUAUAUGAUUUUGGUUAAUCAAUAUGGCCGGUCAUGUUUGCUGGAAACAAUCGAAGAUCGUCAAACGUGAAAGUCAUGCAACUAUUUCAUGAAAUGAAACAACAAUUCCCCACCAUUCCCGACCAUCUGGUAACCUCUUCUAUAACUUCAUAUAUUCAAUCGAAUUCGAAACAAAAGAAUAUCGUCGAUUUUAUAGAAAAAACCUUAGCGGAUUAUAAUACAGCGCAGAUGGGACGAUCCUCUCAACAAUUGGAAUCACCUCCCUUAGACGUAUCUUCCACUAUCCAAGCGGACGUUUCAAAAACGGCAAUAUUGAACACUGGUCAGACCGAAAUGGACGAAACUUUAAGUGGUGAUAAGCAAAAUAGUGAAAAUGUAGAUACCAAAGCUUUUUGUAAAACCAUAGCAAAACGACCAAACUAUCUUAAUAUUGAAGGUGAUAAAAGUGAAGCAAAAAAGACAUUUAAUAUUCAGCUGUCAGAAAAGUGCAAAGAUGUCCACAAAUUACUUAGUUCAGAACUUAGUGAAAAACCCCCACGAUCUCCUCAAAGCACUAAACAAUCUACGAUAAAAUCUCCAUUAAAAUUAGAACAACCUCUUGAAUUGCAAGGGCAGCAUAAUACUGAGUUAGUAGGUAAUAUAAAAAAGGAAACAUGUUCUACACCUACCCAAACUACAGAUACCUUAAUAGGCAAUCAAAACGUAAACCUCUCCUUGAAUGUCAACUGUUCUGUAGACGUAGUACAAAGCCCAACUCAACCAAAGCGUACAACAGCACUACAAGUAACUCCUUCUCAACCUUGGUUGCAAGUACCUACGUCACCGAGGAGUUUUACCAGUGUUAAUCUCACAUUGAGACCCCCCACUUCUAGUGCUCAAUCCAAUCCAAUCGAUAUAACAUCACAAAAUUCCAGUUUGACGUAUUCAACUAGUAGUUACGACUCACAAAAGGGACUACAGAGUCGAUUACAGAUUACUGUGGGGCCUAGCAAUGGAAGUGUAUCUUCACUCCGAGUUAGACCGAAAAGUUAUCAUCCACAAGAACAUCACCAACAAAUGGUUUCAGUGAGAGCUGGAUCUCUUAAUAAUUUGUCAGUCAAUACGGACCCUCCAUUAGCCUUAAAGCAGCAAGCACGGAUAGAAAGAUUACGAAUAGAACUAAACUCAGAAAAGGCUAAAUUACUUAUAAUGAAUGAAGAAAUUCAAGAAUUAGAGAAAAGUAGACUUGAAAGUGAGAAAAAUGCAGAAAUUGAGAAAUAUUUAAUCAAAGAAAUUAAACAUCUUCGGUUUCAGUGUAACGACUUGGAGUUAGAUGGUGAAGCAUUUUACAACAACAUAUAUACAGGACAGGGUAUAAACGAGUUUUCUAUACCGAUUCCAAGACUGCGGCAGAACCCCAGACGACGUCUGCAACACCAACUGCAACCGACCAGUCCCCCAAAAUUCGAAGGUCCCAAGUGGAACUGUCAGUUAUGUACAUUCCUUAACCACCCGAUAUUGGAUAAAUGUGAGCAAUGUGACUUCCCGAGAAUAUUGCACGGUACGAAAAAAGCAGAGACUAUUAAUCCUAACAUAACCGUUGGUACUUUGCGCAUGCUUAACAACAUUGACAUCGGCCGUACUUCUAGAUCGCUCAGUCUCAAUAACGUUCCCAGGGAACAAGCCACGAGACCGAUCGGAUUUGUAAUUAACCAAGAAAAUGACCAGCAGCCUAGCAUUAGCAUGCCAACGCAGAUUAACACCAGCCAUUCAGCGCCGAGUAUGCUUAAUACAAUUUUUAUUAACAAAAAUCAAGUUUAGUUCUAAUUUAUCGAGACAAGACAUCUCGUAACGCGACGACAGUUCGUAACGCCGUCGAUUCGUAACGGCAACAAUUCGUAAUGGUAUAAUUCAUUUUUAUUCUUGUAGCUUUCUAUUAGUCAGAAUCUUUAGGAAUGAAAUAAUCAAUAUAAUGUACGGUGCCGGCAAAAAAUAUUUACAAAGUGAAUAAAACGCAUUCUUCUUCGGCCUUCAGUAACCCAACUUUGGACAUUCUUCUUAUGGUGCCUAUCCGUUACGGAUGUUGGACACUAACAUGGCUAUUCUGACUUUGUUGACUGCUGCCCUGAAAAGUCCGGUAGUGGUUAAUUUAAAGUUCUUCGUCCUGGACCUCUUUUCCCAUGCACUUUACCUUGAAGUAUGGUCCGAAGUAGGUCAUAUCGUUGUUCAUUGCGCAUUACAUGGCCCAGGUAUUCCAGUUUGCGACGUUUUAUGGUUACGACUAGUUCGCGCUCUUUACCCAUUCUAUGUAGAACUUCUUCGUUGGUAACUCUGUCUAUCCAGGAAAUCCUCAAAAUGCGUCUAUAGCACCACAUCUCAAAUGCUUUGAGUCUCUUCAGUGAUGCUUCAGUUAAGGUCCAUGACUCCACGCCAUAUAAAAGAACGGAGAAUACGUAGCACUUUGGACAUAGCCUCCCCCAAUUCAAUCCAGUGUUGUCUAUUUUGUGCCACCUGUUUCCAGUUGUGUCCUUCAAACUUCUUUAUGUCAUCGGCCCAUCUCAUUUGUGGCCUUCCUCUACUUCUUCUUCCUAACCACGGUCUUCAUUGUUGUAUUUCGUGAUUCCAUCUUUUAUCCUUCAGUCGGGCAUUGUGUCCUGCGAAGCUCCAUUUUAAUUUGGCAGCAUGUUCUCCUGCGUCUUUCACUUUUAAACGCAUAAAUCAGGAUAAUUGUUAUUUUAAUUUUAUAAAUCAAUACUUUAUAAAGAUAUUUAUUUUUGGAUUCGGUGGCAGUUAUGGAAGGGUUAAACAUUACUACAGCCCUGAUGAUAGUGUCAGUCUUAGAUGAUGUUUUUUAAUAGCCCCAGAACCAGGUUUUCUUUCCGGAACAGUUGCAGAAGGCCACGACGCAUCCGACUACUUCAAUAGGGAUGUUCACAAAAAAUUAAAAAGUCAUUUCAAACAUGUAAAACGAUUAAGAAACACCCUAGGAAUAGUUGUCCAAAAUUUCAACAAAAUUAAAAAAGCCUUUCUAUAAAAAAUCUUUAUUAGAAAUCUAGCAUUAUUUUAAAUUUCAAGAACGCUUCUCUAUUGGCCUGACGUCACUAGUUGCAUACCCCAAGCGCGCGCCAUUCUCAUUGUGUUACUUGGUGUUACUGUUUACCUGUUUGACGUCUCAGGUCAUUUUAUUUUGUUCUCUUCUUGUUUUAUCAGGGUUAAAGUGGAGUUUUAUGGUGAAUUUGUUUAGUUUAAAGUGGAUAGACUGUUUGUAAGGACAUAUUUUGAGUUUUACAAAAAUAAACAAAUAAAACGGAAGAAGGUUUUCAGAAAGCCGAUUCGUAUAAACUACCGACUGUAGUGUAGAUGUAACAAUGGUGGGCAUCUUGUAAAAAAAUAAAUCUACCACAGCUUUACUGAGCGUAUAUUCCAUAUAAUUUUCCAUGUCUUCUUUAAGCUAAAAAAAUAAAUGCUUAAUACUCCACAAAAAAAAAUAGAGAAAGUUGUAUGCAUGCAUUGUACGCAUGCAUAUUGUAUACAUACAUUGGCUGGUUAUUACUUUACCUUGGUUAGGUGUAUUAAAAAUAUUUUUUUUCUUCUUCAUGUACCUUGUCCGUUGUUGACGUUGGCUAUCAUUAUGGCAAUUUUAAUUUCAUUUGAGGCGUUUCUGAAUAACUCGAUCGAUUUUUGUCCAAAUCAUUGGCGUAAGUUUUUAAGUCAUGAGUGUAUUUUCUUCCGGGUCCGCGUUUGCUCUCUAUUUUACCUUGCGUUAUCAGUUGGAGUAUAUGAUAUUUAUCAUGCCUCAUGAUAUGACCGAAAUAUUUAAGAUUUCGUUUCUUAAUUGUAAAAGAGAUUUCUUUUUGUUUUCCCAUUCGACGCAAUACCUGUACGUUGGUGUGGGUCACCCAGGAUAUUUUGAAGAUACGUGGGUACACCCACAUCUCGAAUGCCUCUAGCUUUUUCAUUAAUGUUUCCAAUAUUGUCCAGGCCUCUGCGCCAUAUAGCAAGACCGGAAAUAAUAACAUUUUAACAGCCGCAUUUUUAGUGGGAGAGAUAUUAUAUCGCAAUGGGUGAAAAUAUUCCUCAUGCAUGUUGUUAAAUGUUGCUAUGUCCUUUUCAACUCUAGAUCUUAUUUCGGUUGUUUCGUAUUUCGAGUUGACAACUGUUCCAAGGUAAAAAAUAUUUUUGAACUUGGGUAUUAUACAUUUUCAUUUCAACCAAUCUUUUCACUAAAUUAUUAAUGAUUAUAAUGUAAAGUCAGGCCUACAUCCACAUGUAGUUAUUUCAAGGUUUACUUUUACUGUAUGUAUUAUUAGAAUCCCGUUUUUAGGAAUAUCCCAGUUUAAGGAAUACAAAUUUGAGGUCCCGAAACUUUUUCAUUUACUCUUUAAGGGGGUAGGUGCAAAAUCUUGGUCCAAUGCUAUUUAAAUUCAUUCAUUUUUUUCGAAUCCUGAGAAAACUAAUAAGUAUUUUUGAAAAAUGUAAAUGCAGAAAGAACAUUUACAUUAUUACCAAGGGCCGAAAGUCUCUGGAAAACUUGUAUAAUGUUUAUUUUAUUAAGUUAGUUCUUUAAGUUAGUUAUUUUAAGUUCUAGCUGCAACAAACCAUUUCUUUUUCUGUUUUAAAUUGGCUGGAACGGUAAUAAAAAUCUUGUCAGAACUGUUUUUUGAUGUAUUUACACACCCAGGAACAAAACACCACUUAUUUGGCUUUAUUUUUAAUAAUUAAAUACGUAAAAAACCGCGCACAUUCAAAUACACUGAGUAAAUAAGUAUACAAAACUAGUCGUCGAUCAAAGACGUUACGACUGCUGACGUCACAGACCGUAGCCUCGCUGCAGGGUACCGUUUUUCUAGCCUCCAAGAAAAUCAACAUUAUGAACUCAUUUAUUUUAAAAAAUAUACAUUUUUAAACAGUUUUAUGAUUGUUACGUUUUUAUAUACCUUGUAAUCUAUUGAAUUUAACUAUAUUUAAAAAGUAGUGAACAUCCCUAUUGGUAAAUUGAAUUUCUUGAAACACCAAUGUCAGGUGCUAUGGUAAUUACAAAGUCUCCUUUCCUAAUUAACGUUGAAGCACGAAUCUUUUUUCAUUUGUGAGUUUCUUUCGCCUAAUAGUUUGUACUUCAAUUUUUCAAGAAGUUUCACAUUGACUCCUUGUAUAUAAAGCCAAUUGUAUGUAUAGUACAAACCACAGAAUAAACUAAAGAAAAUUAGCGGUUAUUAAACUACAGACACCUGCCGACGGAAGUACGUCAUCACCUCUCCCCUCAAAUGCUAAACAGGCUCACAUAGAACGCAAGCAAGUUUUUUUCCAAUUUAGUGAUUUAUUUGGCAAUGUAAAGAUUAUUUGUCGGCACUGUAAAUUUUAUAGGUUUCUAUUGGUGAUUUCCUACCUCUAAUAGUUUCAUCUCAUUUUAUUUCACAACGUAU